AUGCAUUUCAACGCUCUUCUACUCUCCGCCCUGAUCUCAGGCGGCGCUAUGGCGAACUACAACAUCAAGCUUUAUGAGCACCGAAACUGCCUAUUUAAGGUCGCCCACGAAUGCACAAACAUUGCAGAGAAGGUCUGCUGCAAUGACGACGGAGAGAAAUUCAAGUCGGGCAAGUUCGAGGAGGUUGGCGGCGGCAAGACCACCGACAAUCUUAAGCUCUACAAGGAGGACGACUGCGGCGGCUUUGACGUGGCGCAGAGGACUGGCGGAGACUGCGUCAGCUACAAGGACAAGGAGAUCGAGGGAGCCAAAGUCUUUAUUGUCAUUGAGCCGGGCUCGAAGCGCGACGUGGAGGAGAAGGAUGAUGGCCCGGUCAAGAGGGUUAGGCCCGAUACUAUCUCUUUGGAGGAGGGGAGGUUCAAAUACUCUAUCAAGCGCGACUCUCCUGCCGGAAUAGCGUUCGGAAAGCUGACGCAGAUCGAACACAAGCGAGACCAUCUGAUCACAUUUGGAAAGCGCGAGGAGAUUCCGGAAUCUCAGCUCGAGUAA